AUGGCUUCCAGCACCGCACCGGAAGAUGCACCAAGUCCAACAACUUCGGUUUCAUCAAAGAGCAUCAGAAGGUCACAUAACAAGGCCAAACCGAUUGCAUACUUGGACGAUCUUGUGGCCGAAAACAAGAGCCUGCGCACUCAGGCUACCGCCACCAAAAACGAUAUUACUGCAACUCCUACAGUUUGGCCAAAUAGCGCCAGGAAAGUUACCAGUUCGAGCACCAACACCACGCAAGCACCCGCCGUCGAUGGACGACCUUGGUUCAUCGAGCUCGGCCCGCAGAGCCCCAUCUUGGUCAACGAGGCGGCAGAUGCCGCUUUUGCUACCCGCUUCCGCCAGGCUCUCCUCGGUGGCAAGCAUCAUGGUCACAUUCCACGGGUCAACUACGCAACCGACGAAAGCCUCUUGGCUUUGUCGGAUGCAGACUGCCCUUGGCCGAGUCCCGCCCGCGCCAGGUUCCUCGUCGACGUCGCAUUGAGCCACGUCAGCAGGUACUACCACAUCGUCCGCCGGAGCGCCAUCCUCGAGAUUCUCCAGAGCGGCAUCCCUGGUAGCGGCGACUCGAUCACCAGGAGCAAGCUCUGGGUGCUCUUCGCCAUCGGGGAAAUGUACAGCUGUCUACUUUGCCCGGGGACGAGGGUGCUCCGCAUCGUGAGCGAGCGGCCCAGCAUCCCCGAGGUGGAGCUCAGGUUGCUGCUGGUGUACUUUUCCCUGGCGCUCAAUCGCAGACACGCAGCCUACACCCUGGCCGGGUCGGCAGUGCGCCUGGCCGUCGUCAUGGGUCUCCACCUCAAUGUUCCGCCGAGCCAGCUCGAGGACCCGGCGGUCCGAGAGCACCGCGUCCGGGUUUGGUGGACGGCAUACCACUUCGACAGACUUUGUGCCUCGAACCUUGGUAACCCGUACGCGAUCGACACCGAGGAGGUACAGGUCGACCUGCCCGCUGAUCGUCCAGAGCUCGAAGGCACGCCCGCGGCCGGCGACUUUGCAGACGCGGCCUACAUCAUGGCCCGCGUCAAGCUGACGCGUGUGCUGGGCCGGAUCGUGCUGUCCAUCUACGGCAGGAGAAUCCACCGCGAGUCGCUGUCACACAGGGUGCAGCAGGCCCUAAAGGACCUGAGUGCCUGGGUCGAGGAGUUGCCGGCUCAUCUGCAUAUUGAUGCUAAAGGGUCUGGGGCCUCGGAGUUGGUACCGAAGCCCAUCUCCCUUCGGCUUUCGCUCAAUCAGGUCAUUAUCAACGCAACCCGUCCAAUCCUUCUGCAUGUCCUCAGAACACACGCCGCUUCGUGGGCGCCCGCACAGCCCCCUGACUCUGACUCCACAGCCACAAGGUCCCAUGAGCACAGCCAGCAGCAGCAACUCCAAGAAACGCCCGAGCAGGUUGUCCUCCCGGUGCCCAAAAUCGUUUCCAAGAUUGGCGAGACAUGCAUCCGGUGCGCAAGACACUCGGUGCGGCUGCUGACCGAGGCGUGGGUCGACGGCAGCUUCAAGACGUUCAACUUUCUCUAUAUUCAGUACCUGUUCUCGGCGACCACCAUCCUCGCCAUCUCGAUGCUGAUGCCGGGCGAAGGCGAGGACGACGAUGAGCAGUUUGAGACGGCCGCCAACAUUCUUGCUCAGGUCAGGGACAGCGGCAGCUACUCAGGCGAGGAGUUUUGCCGGCACCUCGAGGCCAUGAGGGCUGCCAUGGAGGAAGGGAGGCGCCGGAGGAAUCUUGCCCGUGAUGGCGGUGACGCCGGGCUACAGUCGACACCCGCCACUGCUGCCGCUGCUGCUGCUACUGCUGCUGCUGCGGCUGCCAACGCCGCCGAUCUCUCUUCCAUGUCAGUCAUGCAGUCUGGAGACCAGCAGCAGCAGCCACCACUGCCGGCUCACCAGGCGUGGCCCCACGUAUCCAACGAGACGCCGAUGCUACCGCUGCUGGAGUCAUCACUGCAGGACUUGCUGUCGCAGUCGACGCCGGAUUUGAACUUUAUCGACGCCUCAAACUAUGGAGAGGGUGGAUAUGCCCAAGGAAUGUACUGGCCCGAAUCGUGGGCUCCUGAUGGGUGGAGCGUUCAGCAAUGA